UGCAGUUUGACUGGAAGAAAGUAUUAUUUUUUUUUUUCAAAAAAAAAAAUUCGCAGUAACAAAAUGCAGGGCUGGACAAAGUUUAAACAGUCUUCUUGUAAUGAACAAGCAAGAAGAAUCAGAUAAUAGAGAUCUUCAAAACGAAGAACUCGAGGCUAUUGAGGCCAUCUAUCCUGACACGUUUAAAAAAGAUCCUACUUCACCUGAUGCUUACAUUUAUACCCUCAAUCUCGAUGAAGAUGAAGUUGACAUGAAAUCACCUAGAAAACUUGUGGUUCGCUUCUUUCUACCACCCAGCUAUCCAAGUCAGGAUAUGCCCAUAUUUGAAGUAUCCUCUAUUUAUUGUGGCACAAAAAAAAUUGAUAAUGACAUGCUGGACGCUAUUGAUACAGGUUUCCAAUCACUUUAUCAACCAAAUCAAGUGGUUUUGUUUGAAUGGAUGAGUUGGUUACGUGAAUAUCUUGAAGACAAUGUUAAGAAACCAAUAGAUCAUGAAGAAGAAGAAGAAGGCUUGAGUAAAUCAAUGUCAAUACUACAUGUUGAAGAACAACAAGAGGAAUCUGACUAUCAUCCUGAAAACGAUGACAUAUCAGACGAAAAAGAAGAAGACAAAACGCAUGAUCGACCUACAGUACGCUCAUUGAUGGGAAGCAAUGUCUAUCAUACAGAAAAACCUCCUACUAUCUUCUCAAGUGAACCUUUACUGGACCGUAAAUCCACUUUUGUAGCCCAUGUAGCUCAAGUGCAUAGUGUUCAUGACGUCAAAGUGGUAGUAGCUCAUUUGCUUCAAAACAAGAAAAUUGCAAAAGCAACACAUAAUAUUUUAGCCUAUCGCAUUACAAUGCCUGAUGGAAAAGUGCUUCAAGACAAUGAUGACGACGGUGAAUCAGCAGCAGGAGGGCGUCUCUCUCACUUGAUGCAGAUUCUGGAAGUCGAAAAUGUUGUAGUUGUCGUAACAAGGUGGUUUGGUGGUAUUCAUUUAGGACCUGAUAGAUUUAAAGAUAUCAACAAUGUAUCCCGUAAUGCUUUAGAGACAUUUGGUUUCAUAAAAAGUAAAAGCAAUACUAAAGGAAACAGUAAAAAGAGCAAUAAAAAAUAGAGAGUAUAAAGUUUUUGAUCCAACAUGUAAUGAGACGAAUCUGAUUCAAAUCCCGUUGAGAGACACUGCCUGAGAAGAAAAC